AUAAAAUUAUAUACUUAUAUAUUGUAAUUAGUUUUAUUUAUUAAUCCAAUUCAUAUUGCAGUGUUAUCAAGUACAAAUAACCAAUUAGAAAACCCACUUGGUCAGAAAAUCGAUAGUUUACAAAUUGCUAUCAUAAAACUCACAAGUGAAAUUUCUAUUUUAAAUAAAACUUUAAAAGACAGAAAUAAUAAGAUCGAAUCAGUUGAUACUGUUUCCAAUGAAAAACCAUUUAGUCUUGAUCCGCAUACAAAUAAUUACUACAUAGAGUAUCUUGUGGAUGAAAAUCUUAAUCCUACAAAUAUAAAUGUUUCAUCUGAUCGAAAUGGAAAUGACUCCAAUAUGGAAAUGGCAAUUGUUACUGACCAAGAGAAAGAAAUCAAAGAUGUGCCAAAAGCAAGAAAUCAUAGAAAAGAGAAGAAUAAUGAUUUUAAACAAUUGCUGAAUUUAAAGGAAACAAAUAUCAAUGUCCAAGAUGAUGUUACUGUAUCACCAAUAAAAACUAAAAUAGACGAAAAUAUUCAAGUAAAAUACAAAACCGUUUCAAAAUCAUCAUUUUUACAAUUGGAUGAUUCUAAACUAAAUAAAUCCAUUGUACUUAUUGGUGGUAUUGAAGUGCCACAAGAAAAAUUAGCUCUGUGUUCACGAAAAGCAUCAUUAACCAAAUUUGUAAAGGAUGUAAUGCUCCUUAUUUUUACUGAACAAGAGAUGGCUAAUUCUUCGUUAACUGGCACUACACCAAACCUACACGCAAAUCAUAAAGAUGAUGUACUUCAAAAACAGAAGUUGGAUCCAAUUAGAGUCAAAGCUUUACACGACUAUGUAGCAAAAGAAAUGCCAUCAAGAUACGAUGUAAAACUUGUGCAGGAAGCCAUAAAGCAAAAACUCCAUUAUAUUAGUAAAAGAGUUAACGGGGUAGCGUUUAAAAAAGAGGCCAAAUUAUCAGCGUAAGAUAAAAAAUAUAAAUAUUUAUGCAUUUCUUCGUUUAUUUAAAAAUUUUUGAUAUUUUUCAAUAAAUAUCAAAAAUUUUUAGCCG